AUGCUCACCAUCCCACUCGCCUGUGUCCUAAUUUUUAACCAGUCUUCUCUGCGGCCAACGAUUCUAGGCAACAUCACGUCUUUAUUCGAAAUUCUCUCGACCAACUCAACUAUGCAGAACGCCACGCUUCACUUUUGCGAAUCCAGUCUGUUCAACAGUACCAACUGUCCAGGUGCCUUUGAGCAGGGACCUCCUGGUGGCCGAAGCAGGUGCUAUACGACCAGCCAAGUCGAUGUCCCACAGAUUGCGCUUAACUACUCGCAAACGAACAACGGCGGUCAAGGCAUGUCGUGCACCGAUCCGGUGAACAAAUCGGCUGGUUCGAAGGUUCAACUUAUACACGGCCUGGUGUUGAUCACCUUGAUCACUUGUCUCAUGUCGGCGGCUUCUGCCUUGUCGGCCGUUGGUAGCUGCAAGAGCAGCCAGGACGAACUCAUGGCUCCUGCUGCCCCAUGUGAUGGACAAGAUUCAAACCUAGAACCUGCGCCCCACAAAUCUUGUACCAACAAGAUCAACUCGAACGAGCUCAACAUCAAUCCCAACCUUCCUUAUGGAUGUGGUGCUUGCUUAAAUGAAGCUCUCACAUGUUUUCCCCAGGGCACUGUUUACGUUAAAACCAACGAUCAUUUUUACGCAUCUGACAAGCUCAUUGUCAUUGGUUCGGGUGAAUGCGUCGACUGGGGACCUAACGAUGUACCCGCCGAGAUCACCCAGACGGCAAAUUGCAUUCAACUCCAAGCGUUGACUGAAGGAGCACAGUAUCAGUGCUUCCUGAAUAGUUGCACUUGCAAGGGCGCCAAUGCCAGGCUAGCGCUCUCCGGUCGUACCUUGAAGAAGAAGCGAAAUGCCACCUGCAAGUCUUUCCGACCUGAAGGUUACGGCCGUUCCACCUAUUCGAGAUUUACCAAAGUAUCGGACGAGGUCAGUUGCAGGCAGUCGGCUUCGCCAUGCACCAUUUCUAUCGCCGAAGGCAAACCUGCCACCUUCUCGAGCGAGUUUUCCCUCACAGGCGGAGGCACAGUGAAGGGAAUCGACGUUUUCGGAGCUACCUUUGGAGGUACCUUUGGAGGUGGACACACGGAAUCGUAUUCAAGUACCAUCUCUUACUCUACCUCGGUACCGGUAAGACAAUGCGGGUACCUCCAAAGCCACAGUGGUGCCACCAAGUUCGACGGCACUUAUACGGAAUGUGACGAUGGCGUGGACAAGGCGGGAACUACGCUCGUGGUGCGCGAAAAUGACCUACAGUACGGAUUGACUCUUGUGUCAUGUUGA